AUGUUGUUUGUAAUAUAUUUAACGUGCUUCUUGCUACAGACAGUACAUGCCAUUAAUCUUGGAUGGAAUGGACCUCAUUAUUAUCAAAUAGGAGAAAAGGUUGAUCUUUUAGUCAAUAAAAUUGAAUCUGAUACAACUCAGUUACCAUUUUCAUAUUAUAAUUUACCAUUUGUAUGUCCUCCGAUGAAUGGAGCAAAACCAGUUCAUUUAUCACUUGGAGAAAUAUUAAGAGGGGAUAGAAUAUGGCAAAGUGGUUAUGAUUUACAUUUUGGUAUUGAUGUUCCAUGUAAUAGAUUAUGUGAUUUACGUGCCACUGAGAGACAUAUUAAAAAAGCAAGUCAAUUGAUUAAAAAUGGUUAUGUUGUUCAUUGGUCUUUAGAUGGAUUACCGGGUGCAACUACUUUUGAAUCAUCUCAUAGAAAUAAUAAAUAUUAUGCCGCUGGCUUCCCCCUUGGAUUCGUCAAGAAUGAUAUUAGUUAUAUUUAUAAUCAUGUAAUGUUGGUUAUAAGAUAUCAUAGACAAAAAGAGAAUAAUAAUCAAUUUGCUAUUGUUGGAUUUGAAGUAUAUCCUAAAUCAGUCAUAAAUGAAGAAUGUCCUGGUUCUUCUAAAAAUUAUAAGAAUUUCGCUCUUAAAUAUAAAACUGGUAUUGAUGGACAAUUAAAUAAACAAAAGACAAUUAUUCCAUAUACUUACUCGGUUUAUUGGAGAGAAGAUAAUUCGAUUGAUUAUGAUUCAAGAUGGGAUUUAUAUUAUGAAAAUGAAAAUAAACAAGCAAAUGUCCAUAUUCAUUGGUUAUCUUUUAUAAAUUCAAUUAUAUUGAUCUUUUUAGGAUCUUUGGUAGUUUUGGUUGUUUUGCUUAAAGUAUUAAAGAAUGAUAUCCAAAAGGAUCCAUCAACAUCACCUUUACCCUUACAUACUGAUCAUCAUGAUCAUCCCGAUUCCCCAACUUCCGCUAGCAAUAGAAACUGGAAAGAAUUAAUCAAUGAAAUUGACAGAGUACCACAUGCAGUCUUGAUUUUAAUCACAUUAGUCUCAGGUGGGGUCCAAAUGCUAAUUGCUGUAGUUGGGGUUAUCACUAUCUUUGUAUUAAACUCAAUCGGAUCUAAAAAUACAUUCUUCAAUACUCAUGAAGGAUCAUUUUUCACAUUUUCAAUAUUUUGUUUCAUUGGAUCAGGAUUUAUUUCAUCAUAUGGAGGAAUAAUCUUAUAUAAACUAUUCAAAGGAGAUGAUUUAAAUCAACCUUAUGACAUUAAUAAAGCAAUCAUAUUGUCAUUUUUAUUCAGUGCAACAUUACCUUCCAUAUUAUUUAUUGUCAUAUUAUUCCUAAAUUUCUUCGUUUGGGCAAAAGACUCCCUGUCUGCUUUACCAUUUGGGACAAUCGUAGUAUUAUUACUAUUAUUCAUCUUAUUACAAUGUCCAUUAGGUAUAAUCGGUGGUCUUAACGGUAACAACCAUAAAUUCAACCUCAAAAAAUCAUCCCUCCUAAGUCCACCCAUCGACCAACACGAUCGAAAAUUCCCAUCGACAUUAUCACCACCAUAUACCCCACCAACCCUUCCCCACGCCAAUCCUACCCAUCCUGCGAAUAUAGCCUCAACCAUAAUCACCUAUUUCCGCCGUGUUCUAAUCUAUGGUCUAGUCCCCUUUGGAAUCGUUUAUGUCGAACUUCUAUUCAUCUUCAAUUCAGUCUGGCUCGAAAAAACAACAUUUUAUUACAUGUAUGGAUUUCUCUUCGUCACCACGAUUAUGGAAAUCAUAAUCAUUGCCGAAUCGGCCAUCGUGGCGAUCUAUAUCAAUCUCCUGGUCUAUAAUGAUCCUAAUUGGCAUUGGUUAUCGUUCCAGGUGGGUACUAGUAUUGGAUGGUAUAUAUAUGCUUAUUCGGUGUAUUAUUUCUUUACGGUUUUGAAUGUGGGGGAUUUUGUAAGUAGGUUGUUAUAUUUUUUUUAUAUGGCUUUGGCAUGUUUUGUGAUUGGGAUAACGUGUGGAAGUGUGGGUGUAUUGACGGGGUUGGGGUUUGUGAGAAGGAUACAUCGGGCAGUUGAAAAAGUUGAUUAA